AUGCUCUUACUCCUGAUGCUUCUCUGCCACUUCAUGGAAGAUCACACAGUGCAGGAAACGUGCGAGAAUGUGGACUGUGGACCAGGGAAGAAAUGUAAAAUGAACAAGAAGAACAAACCUCGGUGUGUUUGUGCUCCGGAUUGUUCUAAUAUCACUUGGAAGGGCCCCGUGUGUGGCUUAGAUGGGAAAACCUACAGGAACGAGUGUGCCCUUCUCAAAGCCAGAUGUAAAGAACAGCCCGAACUUGAAGUCCAGUAUCAGGGCAAAUGCAAAAAGACCUGUAGGGAUGUUUUAUGCCCAGGCAGCUCCACAUGUGUGGUUGAUCAAACUAAUAAUGCCUACUGUGUGACAUGUAAUCGAAUUUGCCCAGAGCCUACCUCCCAUGAACAGUAUCUCUGCGGGAAUGACGGCAUAACUUAUGCCAGUCCCUGUCACCUGAGAAAAGCUACCUGCCUACUGGGCAGAUCCAUUGGAUUAGCCUACGAAGGAAAAUGCAUCAAAGCCAAAUCCUGUGAAGACAUUCAGUGCAGUGCUGGGAAGAAAUGCUUGUGGGAUUUUAAGGUUGGCAGAGGUCAGUGCGCCCUCUGUGAUGAGCCAUGCCCUGAAAGCAAGUCAGAUGAGGCAGUCUGUGCCAGCGAUAACACAACUUACCCAAGUGAGUGUGCCAUGAAAGAGGCAGCCUGCUUCAUGGGUGUGCUUCUAGAAGUAAAGCACUCUGGAUCUUGCAACUCCAUUAAUGAAGACCCAGAGGAAGAAGAGGAAGAUGAAGACCAGGACUACAGCUUUCCUAUAUCUUCCAUUCUAGAAUGGUAAAACCUUCAUCACUAUUGGAACAGCCAUUGGGCACAAAAUCAAUGUCCAUACUGUAAAUAAGUGUAUGUUUAUUUAUUUUGGGGAGAA